AAGUCAAAAACAGCUGUUUGUGCGCCCUUGACGGAGGUGCUUGUGUGACAAUGACUUAGGUUAUGUUAUUAAUUUGCAAAAUACAAUCAAAUUACUAAUGGAUAUAUAAUAAAAUAACUACUAGUGCUAGUGAAAAUAAGUGUUCUUUAAAAUUAGUUCUGUGCGUAUACAGUCAUGGUCAUUCAUCCAUCAUUUAUUUAUUAAGUUUGCGGUAUUUUGCGUUUCAAACCAUUCAAUUUCAUUUCUAUGAAUACGCAACACUUAAAGACGUAUAACACAGAACUAACUAAACCCCAGUGUGUGCUAGUUAACAUAUAGUGAGACUGAUGUGCUUAAAUAGAAGAAAAGUACUUAUUUUUGAAUAAAUCAAGAUAAAAUGAGGAACGGCAAGCGUCCUAGCAUAGAUGAAGAAAAAGAGGAAUUGAAUCCCGAUAAAAAUGGAUGGGCACGCGUGCGUCCAAGCCAGCAGUUCAACGUGGUCCGCCGCGUGUACCAGCAGGACGCGUUGAACGAAGACGCGGACUACCACGAGCCUGUCCGACCAUGGAAAUACCACGUGAAGAAAUGCAUUCGCGACUGCGGCAUUGCAAAAUGCAUCUGUGGCAUACUUCCCAUCGUGGACUGGCUUCCGAAAUACAAACUCAAGCAGUACGCCAUUGGGGACUUGACUGCUGGAGCGACUACUGCCGUCAUGCAUAUACCCCAGGGAAUGGCUUACGCGAUGCUGGCGGAAGUGGCCCCAGUAGCGGGUCUGUACAUGGCCUUCUUCCCAGUCCUGAUCUACGUGCUGUUCGGGACCUCACCGCACAUCUCCUUGGGGACCUUCGCUGUGGCCUGUCUUAUGUCUGGAAAGGUGGUGAGCCAAUACGCGAGGAUGCCGGAAAUAGAUAAUAUUAGCAAUAUUACAAAUGUAACGAAUGUUGUUACAGAUUCAGGGAACGGAUCUAUGGAGUACACUCCAGAGCAAGUUCUCAGCGUGUUAUGUCUAACCGUCGGCAUUAUGCAGACAUGUAUGUGGAUGUUCCGGCUCGGGGCGGUGUCGACGCUGCUCUCCGAGCCGCUGGUGUCCGGGUUCACGACCGGCGCCGCCUUCAUCGUCAUAGCCUCGCAGCUCAAGGACCUCUUCGGCAUCAGGAUACCCAAGCUGUCGGGGAACCAUAAAGUCAUACUUACAGUGAUCGAGGUGUCGAAAGCGCUGCCGAACACCAACUUGGCGGCCGUAUGCAUCUCCUUCGUCGUGUGUCUCGUGAUAGCCUUGAACAACGAGCUAUUCAAGCCAUGGGUAGCCAAACGCUGCCGGGUGCCAGUGCCCAUCGAGCUACUGGCCAUAGUCAUCGGCACACUCGUCACCAAAGUUACCGGAUUGAAAGAAAAGUUCGGGAUAACACUCGUCGGAGAGAUACCUACUGGGUUACCCACGCCGUUCGUGCCGCCGCUGGAACUCAUGCCAUCAGUGGCGGUAGACUCGAUCACCAUAACCAUGGUGACAUACACCAUAUCCAUGUCCAUGGCGCUUAUAUUCGCGGCCAGAGACAAGUACGAGGUGGAUUCCAAUCAAGAGUUGUUGGCUCUGGGCGCCAGCAAUGUAAUGGGCUCAUUUUUUUGCUGCGCACCGAUCUGCGCGAGCCUGUCGAGAUCGUACAUCCAAUACCAGGCGGGCGCCAAAACCAACCUAACGCAAGUAGUGAGCGCGCUGUUGAUAUUGUGCGUCCUGCUCUUCUUAGGCCCGUUCUUUGAGGACCUGCCCCGCUGCGUGCUCGCCUCCAUCAUUGUGGUGUCUCUAAAGGGGAUGUUAUUACAAGUUUUGGACCUUAAGAGGUUCUGCUACCUGAGUAAAUUGGACGCAGCCGUCUGGCUUAUUACCUUCCUCAUGACUACUCUCGUCAACAUCGAUUAUGGGUUAGUAGCAGGUCUAUUAGCGAGUGUCGGGGCGCUGUUCAUUCGCUCUCAGAAGCCCUACACCUGCCUGCUGGGCCGCGUGCUGGAGACAGACCUGUACCUGGAUAUCAAGCGGUACCGAGCCGCUGAAGAACUCCCCGGAAUCAAAAUAUUCCACUACUGUGGGGGCCUCAACUUCGCCACCAAAAACCUCUUUCGGGAGACGAUCUUCCGCAAAGUUGGCUACAUGAAGCCCAUCGACCUCACACCAGAGGACCAAGACAGCAACAAUGGCACCUUGAGCAAGAGCGAGAGCUACGUGUGGGACCCCAGUAUUGGGCAGAAGGUCCACUGCGUGAUAAUAGACGCGUCUGCGAUUUCGUACGUGGACGCGCCGGGGGUCAAGACGCUGGUGGUGGUGUCGAAGGAGUUGGAGGCCAGUCACAUUAUGGUGCUGCUAGCGGGGGCCAAUGGUCCAAUGCUAGAAAUGAUCCAUCGCUACAACGAGUUGGAAACCACCAACCAGCUCCGUAUAGACAUCUUCCCCACCGUCCACGACGCCGUGGUCUACUACAAAGUACUCGAAUCUAAGAGGGGAGCCUACCCACCCGUACCUCUCACUAUCAAUGAGUGACCUUACUAACACGGGUAGAGGUAACUCGGGACACUGUUCAACUAAGGAUCAAAUCAAAUUAACUCAGUGGUCUACUACAAAGUACUUAAAGCUAAGAGGGGGACCUACCUACUCGUACCUCUCACUAUCAAUGAGUGACCUUACUAACACGAGUAGAGGUAGUGUAACUCGGGACACUGUUCAACUAAGGAUCAAAUCAAAUUAACUCAGUGGUCUACUACAAAGUACUUAAAGCUAAGAGGGGAGACAACAACUGUGUUGUAACUGUGUUGUUGUGUGAGGUAGUGUAACUCGGGACACUGUUCAACUAAGGAUCAAAUCUAAUUAACUCAGUGGUGUACUACAAAGUACUUAAAGCUAAGAGGGGAGACAACUCAGUACCAGUCACUAUAAAUGAGUGACCUUACUAACUUGAGUAGAGGUAGUGUUAAACUCGGGACACUGUUCAACUAAGGAUCAAAUCAAAUUAACUCAGUGGUCUACUACAAAGUACUUAAAGCUAAGAGGGGAGACAACUCAGUACCUGUCACUAUGCGUGAGUGACCUUACUAACACGAGUAGAGGUAGGGUUAAAUUUCGGACACUGGUCAACUAAGAAACAAAUUAACGCUGUAGUCUACUACAAAGUAAACGAAACUAAGGGUCGGUUUCACCAAACUGUUCGUAUCGUUAAAGAGUUCGCUAAAUUUUUAUGUAUGGAAAGUUUCAUAGUAAAGCGCCGGGGCGCGCCGCACACAGGCGAAAAAUCAAUAAAAGUCGGACAAAACCUAAACAUUCAGGAUUAUUAUAGAAAUCGUAUUAAUGCACGUUUGCCAACUAAUAAAAACAAAAUUACAAUUAUAUUAUGACAUUUAUUAAAUUUUGAUCAUAAUAUCUGGUUCUUCUAAAAGAUUUAAAACAUUUUGGCAUAUGGGAAGCGACUUUUUACUACCCAAUUUUCUUAGUCCUGUUAUAUAAGGAUCGGAAGACAUUAAAAGUCUUUUCCAUAGCCAUUUGCCUAAAAAAAAUGUGACUAAGCGCUCAACCUUGAUUACAUUAGUCAUCGAUUAAAAUGAAAAUUUUGUUAAAACGUCGCGUAAGGUCGCAUAAAAUAAUGGUUGUAUGUUAAAACCCAAGUUCUGUAGUUUCUAAAAUUGAUAAUAUCAAAACCGGAUCUAUCAGGAAGUUGUACUUUUCUCCUUGGUGAAGUUGAACAAUAUGCAAAAAAUACAAGACAUUACACUUAUUUUUUUUUAUAAUAAACAAGCAAGCAUAGCUAUCAAAAGUAACUAUUAGUAAUUAGGUUAUUACCUCCUAGAAGGGUAUCCAUCAUUAAAUCACAACUUUCUGAAAGCAAACGAUAAAUAAGUAAGCACAUAAAUAACACUCGCAGAGCAGUAAAAUAUUCGCCUUUGAACAAGUCGAACUUUGGAAUGAGAACGUGUCGCGUAGAUUACUCUAACAUGAAAAUGAUUAUGGGAGUAGCGUGCACUGUUUAUUGGACUACCCGCUAAGAUUGGUUUUUGCCUGUUGGGGCUACUUAGAAGUUUUUUGGUUUUGUCCGACUUUUAUUGAUUUUUCGCCUGUGUGCGCCGGCUGACGUUGAUCAGUCUAUCAAAUGUGGUGCAACUGGCCCUAAAAGGGGUGACAAUACAUUUCCUGUAACUAUGCGUGACCUUACUAACACGAGUAGAGUGUUAAACUCGGGUUGUCUAUGACCUUACUAAUACAAGUAAAGGUACUGUUAAACUCGGGACACUGUUCAACUAAGGAUCAAAUAAAAUUAACGCUCCAUGGUCUACUACAAAGUACUUAAAGCUAAGAGGGAAUACAACACGGUUCUUGUCACUAUCAAUGCGUGACCUUUCUAACACGAUUAGAGGCAGUGUUAAACUUUGAACACUUGUCUAUGACCUUACUA